GACAGAACCAACACUGUGACCCGGAAGUCGCAUACAUGUUGUUGUAAGAGAAAGCGUGUGGAGAGACAACUAAACUCACAAUGGCCAAUCUGGAACAGUGGGUUAGUGACCAGCUCCAUGACAUCCUGGGUUUAAGUGACCGAUAUGUGGCCCAGUUCAUGAUCGGACUGGUUCAGAAGUCGUCUGGACCUCAGGAUUUUGUGUCUCGGCUUCAGGACACUGGAACUAUUGACAUUGAUCAAAGAAUCACAGCGUUUGCACAUGAGUUGUACGACAAGGCUCCCAAAAAGCAUGUGGUUGAAAAACCUGCUCGAGCAAUCGAACGUCAGGUCAUGGAGAUGGAGAGAAAGAACAGAACCUACACCCUUCUGGAGGACAGCGAGAGCGAUGGAGAGGCAGCCAGAGAAGGAGGAAAGGAGAAGAAAAGCAAAGAACGAGACAAAGGAAAGAAGAGGAAACAUCUCAGACAGAAACGAGACGAAAGUCCAUCGUCCAGUGAAGAGGACAAGAAAAAGAGCAUUACGUUCAAGGAUGAGGCAAAAAAAGCUGGAAAAGAAGAUGAGGAGGAAGAAGAAUGGGAGCGGGAAGAGCGAGAGAGACUUCAGGAUCUGGAGGAGAGGGACGCCUUUGCUGAACGAGUGAAACAGAAGGAUAAAGACAAGACGAGACACAUACUUGAAAGAAAUGACAAAAAGGCGUAUGAGGAAGCUCAGAAAAGGCUCAAAAUGGCUGAAGAGGACCAAAGGAAAAUGCUUCCAGAGUUGAGGAAACAGUCACGUCGGCAGUAUCUGUCCAAAAGAGAGCAGGAGAAGCUGGAAGACCUGGAGGCUGAAAUUAAGGAUGAGGAGUACCUCUUCUCCACUCAAAACCUCACUGAUCGGGAGAGGAAAGAUUUGGAGUACAAGCGGACCAUUAGAGACAUGGCCAAGGAAUACAAGAAAGCGGGAGCGAAAGAACAAGAGGAGAGAAAGAACAGAUACUACAUGCCAGAAGAGAAAAGAAAUAAGUCGAUUCCUCAAAAAGACAUGGAUCUGGAGUUUGAGGAGACUCCCAGAGAGGGCGGUGGAGAGCAGGGCCGAUGGGAGGAGGCACGAGUGGCCACUGCCACACUGCAGUUUGGGGCCAGACAAGAGCGCGAACGGCGGAUCAAGGAGGAGCAGGAGAGAUACCAGCUCAUUUUAGAGGAAGAGGAGAUGAUCACCUUCGUCAGCACCGCAAUUACCAUGAAGGGAACGCUGUCAGAGAAGGAAAGUGAACCUGAGUUAUCACAAGCUGAGAAACAGAAGCAGUCCAUCCAGGAGGUGAGACGCAGCCUUCCCAUCUUUCCCUACAGAGAAGACCUGCUAGCAGCCAUCGGAGACCACCAGAUCCUGGUCAUAGAGGGUGAAACCGGCUCUGGGAAGACGACCCAGAUCCCUCAGUAUCUCCUUGAAGAGGGUUACACAAAAGGAGGAAUGAAGAUCGGCUGUACUCAACCUCGAAGAGUGGCAGCCAUGUCCGUAGCAGCCAGAGUUGCACAGGAAAUGAGCGUCAAACUAGGAAAUGAGGUGGGCUACAGCAUCCGUUUUGAGGACUGUACAUCAGAGCGCACCAUUCUUAAGUAUAUGACUGACGGUAUGCUCCUCAGAGAGUUUCUUACAGAGCCUGACCUCGCCAGCUACAGUGUGAUCAUCAUUGAUGAGGCUCAUGAGCGAACGUUACACACAGACAUCCUCUUCGGUCUGAUUAAAGACAUUGCACGUUUCCGCCCUGACCUGAAGGUCCUGGUUGCCAGCGCCACACUUGACACAGAACGCUUCUCCAGCUUUUUUGAUGAUGCACCUGUGUUUAGGAUUCCAGGCCGCAGGUUCCCUGUGGACAUAUAUUACACAAAGGCUCCAGAAGCCGACUAUCUGGAAGCAUGUGUGGUGUCAGUGCUACAGAUCCACGUCACUCAGUCGCCUGGAGACGUACUGGUCUUCCUCACGGGACAGGAGGAGAUCGAGGCAUGCUGUGAACUUCUACAGGAGAGAUGUAGACGACUGGGUUCAAAGAUAUCUGAGCUUCUUGUUCUGCCCAUCUAUGCCAACCUGCCCUCAGACAUGCAAGCCAAGAUCUUCAACCCCACUCCGCCUGGAGCACGCAAAGUUGUAGUGGCCACAAAUAUCGCAGAGACAUCUCUCACCAUCGACGGCAUCAUCUAUGUGAUCGAUCCGGGAUUUUGCAAGCAAAAGAGCUACAAUGCAAAAACAGGAAUGGAGUCUCUCAUUGUCACUCCUUGUUCACGGGCCUCAGCCAAUCAGAGAGCUGGCCGUGCAGGCAGAGUGGCUGCUGGGAAAUGUUUUCGGCUGUACACUGCCUGGGCGUUUAAACAUGAGAUGGAGGAGACCACUGUUCCUGAGAUCCAGAGAACAAACCUGGGCAAUGUGGUUCUGCUGCUCAAAAGUCUUGGCAUAAAUGACCUGAUUCAUUUUGACUUCAUGGAUCCUCCUCCUCAUGAAACUCUGGUGUUGGCUUUGGAGCAGCUCUAUGCUUUAGGCGCCCUCAAUCACCUCGGCGAACUCACUAAGCUUGGCCGAAGGAUGGCUGAACUUCCUGUUGACCCGAUGCUGAGUAAAAUGAUUCUGGCUUCUGAACAAUAUAAGUGCUCUGAGGAGGUGUUGACCAUUGCGGCCAUGCUGUCAGUAAACAACUCCAUCUUCUACCGGCCCAAGGACAAAGUGGUCCAUGCCGACAACGCUCGGAUGAACUUUGUGGUACCAGGAGGAGAUCACCUAGUGCUGCUUAAUGUAUAUACACAGUGGGUCGAAAGCGGUUACUCUACUCAGUGGUGCUUUGAAAACUUCAUUCAGUUUCGCUCCAUGAAGAGAGCUCGAGAUGUCCGAGAUCAGCUGGAGGGGUUGAUGGACAGGAUCGAGGUGGAGCUGUGCAGCUCCAAUGGCGACAGCAUGCCCAUUCGCAAGGCAGUAACUGCGGGAUAUUUCUACCAUACAGCACGGUUGAGUAAAGGGGGAUAUAAAACGGUAAAACACCAGCAGACAGUUUACGUCCAUCCCAACAGCUCACUGUUUGAGGAGCAGCCGCGAUGGAUGAUCUACCAUGAGCUGGUCUUCACCACCAAAGAGUUCAUGAGACAGGUGAUCGAGAUUGAAAGCGGCUGGCUGCUGGAAGUGGCUCCUCACUAUUACAAGAACAAAGAGCUGGAGGACAGCAGCAGCAAGAAAAUGCCCCGAAAACAAGGCAAAGCCCGCGAAGAACUGGGCUGAUUCUCAGAUAAGAUGAGAAAAGAGACUCUCCCACCUAAUAUUGCUUCACAAACAGUAAGAGAUCAGCAAUGUGGGUCAUUGUUGAGUGACCAGACCAGUCUCCUUUUGCUAAUUUGCUGAUCUAUAGAAAGUAUUUUGGAGACUCUUGAUUUUAUGUUUCAGCUAGCAGUGUCCUCAUGUGUUUGAAUGAGGAAAUAUAUUUUUUGAUUACA